CUGAAUCAGUUCUGCACGAAGUGCGAAGCGGGUACGUAUCAGGACCAAGAAGGACAAACUUUAUGUAAAUCAUGUCCUGCGGGUAAAGUCACGGCGACCGACGGUGCGGUUGCGGAAGGUGAUUGCGUAAAUUGCGGUACGGGUAAAUAUGCACCGCAUGCGGGUAUGGGUGCGUGCCUCGAUUGCCCGCCUGGCCGAUACGGUCCAGCCGAUCGCACAGACACGUCAGAGUGUACGACAUGUCCGCCUGGAAAGUAUUCAAUAAAUUACGCCAGCGUGAGCGAGGAUGAUUGUGAUGUGUGUCCAGCCGGCUUUUAUGCAGCAGAUGGUGAACCCGUCGCCAAGACCGAUUGCGAGGACUGCCCGCUGGGCUCUGUAUCGAUAAAUGAAGGAAGUGACGCGUGUACGUUGUGUGGGCCAGGGAGUUACUCUGACAUAGCGCCGGGGAGCGGUAUUCCCGCGGAGAGCUGUAAACUUUGCCCAGCGGGAUCGUAUUCCGCCGCUGAAGGGGCGACGAGCGUAUCGGCGUGCACAUUGUGCGCCGUCGGUACGUACAACCCCGCGGAUGGUCAAGUCGACUGUCUUCGGUGCCCUGCGGGUACGUACGGGGAUGAGGAGGGCUUACUCGAGUGCAAAGCUGCGCCCGCUGGCUAUUUCCUUCCGGAUGAAGGUGCCACUUCGGCGGUGAAUCUACAACCGUGUCCGACGGGUACGUACUCAGACAUUGAAGGUUUGGCUGAAUGUCUCAACUGCGUCGCGGGCACGUAUUCAAACACAACAGCCGCCACAGGAUGUAUCGAUUGCGUCGCGGGAACAUAUUCCAUCCAAGGCGGCACGAGCGUUGCGACGUGCAUCGAAUGCGCCGCUGGCACGUAUUCCGACACGGAAGCAUCGCAGCUGUGCGACCCAUGUCCCGCGGGCACGUAUUCCGACGUCACAGGUUUGUCCACGUGCAAGCCGUGCCGCCCGGGCACAUACGGCGCGAUUCAAGGG